AUGGAACAAAAAGUUGGUUCACAACAAGGUGUUAAAGUGCUCUUAUAUUUUGCGGUAAUGUCGGUAUUUCUAAGAGCGUCAUUAUCAGGACCAUCCACUAUCGGUCCACAAAACAUACACUUUGAGACAUUAGUUGGUCCUUCUGAACCCUCAACGUUCAAUUUAACAUCAAAAGACGAAGAACAUCCCGCAAUAUAUCAUCAUCAGGUUGCUUUAUCGUCGAUGGACAACGCUGGUGUUUUUAGCGUUGUAUUAGCAAGUGCCGCAGCAUUUUUAAAUGG